AUGGCUAAUUUUGAUGAAAUGGCUAUGUUAUUUGGUAUUAAUGACGUUGAAAAUCACGAAAAUAAUAUAAAUAUUAGGCAAAUCCAAAGACGAGAAAUUAUUUCGAAUCCAUUUUUAUUGUCAGACAGACUAUUUGUUACAAACUUUAGACUUACUAAAGGCAUUGUUAAAUAUUUGAUUGAGCUAUUAAGACCUCAUAUAGUUACUAACAGUCGUUCGUCCGCGAUUGAUUUGAAUACAAAAGUAAGUAUAAAAUUGAAUUUUUUGGCUACUGGGUCAUAUCAGUCGCCUCUUGAUAACAGUAAAUUUACAGCUUUGUCACAACCUUCAGUAUCCCGUUGCAUAAGUGAGGUUGUGGCUGCACUAAACAAGCCGGAAAUAUUCAAUGAUUGGGUUAAGUUUCCGCAAAAUAUAAAUGAGCUCACCGAAAUCCGUAAUGAGUUUUACAGAGAAACUGGGUUUCCAGGCGUUAUUGGUUGCAUUGAUUGUACUCAUGUGGCAAUCGUACCUCCUUCUACCAAUUUGAAUUUAAAUGAAAACCAAAACCCUGAGUAUAUAUAUGUGAAUCGUAAAGGAUAUAAUGUAAUCAAUGUUCAAUUGAUUUCCGACUCAAAAUUGAAAAUAUUGAAUGUUAACGCAUUAUUCCCUGGCAGUACUCAUGAUACUCACGUAUGGAAUAAUAGUUUUGUUUUGCCAUUACUACAAGAACUUCACAGACGAAAUUAUAAUAAUUUUUAUUUAUUAGGAGAUUCUGGAUAUCCUCUGCGUCCAUGGCUAUUAACACUUAUAGCUAAUCCUGCUACAGAUUCCGAAGAAUAUUAUAACUAUAAACAAAUGUCAACUAGGAGCUUUAUAGAACGCUGUAAUGGUGUGCUAAAAAUGCGGUUUAGGUGUUUAAUAAAAGAUAGAACAUUGCACUACAAACCUGAGAAAACAACAGCCAUAAUAAAUGCAUGUGUUGUUCUACAUAAUAUGUGUAUCACUUACAACAUUCCUAUGCAUGAAAAUAACAUUGAAAAAUUUGACAAUUUGGGUAUUAUUGAAGACAUUUUAGCUGAUAAUAUAAAUAAUGGAAACAUAGAUUUAAAUCUGGGGAGACAACAGAUAAAUAAAGUUGUUAGAUAUUUAUUUCAAAGAAAUGGUGUAUAA